AUGUUACACCAGAUAGCACCAGGCAGUAUGAUGAUUCGUAGACUUCCCAGAGUAGUGUGUAGAAGAUACAUCAGUAUACGAUCUGACACGUAUGAUAAUGUAAAUUUUGAUAGUAAGACAAACGGGUAUGCUGAUACAUUUUCGCCUUACAGGAACCCUGAUGGAUCGUGGAUUAAAGGGUCUAACGCAAAAGAGGCAAGACUUCAUGACUUCACGCUACAGGGUCAAAAAGUCAAGAGCAUUUCUAAAUUGCCACCUCUUAUUUCGAGGACUAUUAACGACGAGAUCUUAUCGAAAAAUGUACCCGAAAGAUUGAGAUCUAAAGCUGCUUUACUCUUUCAAAGCAUUAGUAAAGAUCAGAUCCAGAGAGCUCCCGAGAAUGCUUUGGAUUGUGAUGCUUAUAUCGCAUCUUUGUUCCUCCAAGACUAUGCCAAUGUGGAAACUGUAUUGAGAGAGCUACAAAAAAGGUUAGAAGGUGAAGGGAAAAAGUUGCAGCCGGAAAGAGUGUUGGACAUAGGCUAUGGUCCCAGUACUGGAAUGAUUGCCCUCAAUGAGAUAAUGGGGGACGAUUUUGCUCCUCGAGUAAAAGAUUCGUACAUAAUUGGAAGAAACCAGGGUACAAUGAGGAGGAGAGCCAAGGUUUUGCUCUCGAGGCAAUUAAAUGAGUACAACAAGUGGAGGGUUGAGGAAGGUAUCACUGAAACUGAAACUGAAGAAAAUGUCCAGCCUCGUGAGGAAGAAGUUGAUGACUCGGAAGAAUUAGUAGAAGGAGACUCUGAAAAUACGUCAGAUCUUAAAGACAUUGAUUUCUCCAAGAUUGAUAUUCAGACUAAACUCAGAACUACAUUACCUUCCAAUAAAUUGUACGAUUUGAUCAUAGUCAACCAGUGUUUGCUUACUAGGGAGUAUAACUUCCCUAAGGAUGUGGAUUUUAAUUUGCACCCAAUAUUAAGGUUGUUAAGCCCUGGUGGCCAUAUUGUCCUUGUAGAGAGAGGUAAUGCCCUUGGGUUCGAAACAAUUGCCAGAGCUAGACAGGUUAUGAUUCGUCCUGAGGCGUAUGAGAGAGAGCACGGAAAAAUUCCAAGGCCAUACGUAAAGGGAAGUAAUACCAAGCCGCAGAAAUUGAAGGGAAUGGAUAGCAUUAUCGCUGAAGAAGAUGUUGAGUUCGAAAAGAGUUUACUUGCAAAGUACGGUGAGGCAGAUGAGGAAGAUUUAAAAUUCGAGUUCGAAGAGAGUGAAGAUUUCGAUGUGGUUGAAGUUGAAAGUGAACCAGUCAAGGCUGAAGAUGAUGUCAAUGGACCAAUUGAUUAUCAUCUUAAAAUAAUUGCUCCCUGCUCGCAUCAUGCUAAAUGUCCUCUUCAACUCGGUAAUCCAACAUUUUACAAAAUUCCCAAGUACAAAAAUAAGUUACAAUUCUGUUCAUACCAUCAAACUGUGCAACGACCUAAAUUUACCCUUGAGUUGAAAAGAGGGAAGAAACUUGCUACUACAUGGGACAAGUCAUCCCAGGAUGGAUUUGGAUUUGAUAGAAUGAAUAAGAGAACUGUCCAGAAGUUGGAAGGUUCAGGUAGACCCGGUGGAAAUGAUUAUGAAUCUGGUUCCUAUUCAUACCUUAUCGUUGAAAGAUCGCACAACGAUACUAAGACAUUAGCUGAUAUAGAUGAACAGAGAAAAUUUCAAAACGAACAAUUGAAUGCAGCAGACGCUAAUAACUGGGCAAGAAUUAUCAGACAGCCCACCAAACAAAAGCAAAAUGUGAAGUUAGAUGUUUGUGCACCCUCUGGAAGGAUUGAAAUUUGGGAUGUGCCCAAAAGUGUAGGGAUUCAAGAAUACCAUGACGCAAGAAAAGUAGAGAGAGGAGAUCUCUGGGCGUUGGGUAAGAAAACCGUUACUGUUAGAAACAUUAUGUCAGACGAAAAGGUUGAAAGAAUGAAGAUAGAAAGCAAAAUGUCGAAAAAGAAGUUUUUGAAGGACGAAAGGAGAAAGAAGUGGAAGAAGAUUGUAUCAUCUACAGAAGGUGCCUUUGAUAGUGAGAACUUUAUGACAGUAGCGGAUGAGUUGGCCACUGAAUUAGAAUCAUCUAAGAAAUAUAAGACCGAAGGGAAAAGGGCUGGAUUCAGAGGCGACCCUAGAGAUCACGAUGGUCUCUAG